AUGAAGAGCACACCCAUCAUCUGCGUCGUCGCCGUAUCUCUCACGGCCAUCGCCUUGCUCUCCGGCAGCACCGACGCCGCAUGCGCCGGCGACCGGUCCAUGUCCGUCGCCGGCGCGUGCGACAAGACGAGCGCCUGGCAGGGCCAGCACGAGCUGGAGCUCUGCCAGAAGACGCUGCGCGGCGCACGGGACGGCCUCACGGCCAGCGCCUACGGCAUCAUCGCCGUGAGGGCCGCCCUUCAGUCGUCCGAGGCCACCGAGGGCGCCGGCAAGAAGCUGGCGCAGGACCCGAAACUCCCCGAGGACGCGCGGGCGGUGUACCAGAUCUGCGUGGACAUGUACGGCUUGGCGCGCGCCGACGUCGUCGCCAUGGAAGGCGCGCUCAAGGCCUGCUCGCUCGCGGACUUCCGGCGGGUAUGGGAGGGCGCGCUCGCCUCGGUGGAUUACUGCGCGGGGAAGCUGCGGCUCGUCGACGGCGACGUGCUGCAGCGCACGGUCUCGGCGGACAGGGAGAGGAUCUUGCUCGCUUUCAUCCUGGGAGGGCUUUCUUUUCCGAAAUGA